UUAUGGUGUUAAAAGUAGUAAGAUAGUCACUUUUAACCAUUCAUUCCGGUUUUUCUGUUGUAUUUGUUUUUAUUAUACUAAAAAAUAUCUAAAGUUUAAAGCCAUUUUCCUCAUGUCCAAUCGAAUGGUAUAGCAUUCAAUUUGACGCAACGUAUACAUAAAUCAAAGUUUUAAAUUUAAGGAUGCUAAACAAAAAUGAAUUUUCAAUUUAAAAAUAGAUUUAACUAGAAAACUAUUUCGUUUUCGGUGAAUAUUUUGUUGAAGUGCUCUUCAUAGCAAAACCAAAAAAAAAUUAUUCUUAUAAAAUCGAAAAAAAAAUUUAUAAAAAGUUAAAAAGAAAUAGGUGACAGGUGUACAUUUGUUGGAUAUCUGUAACCUUAAUAAGAAGACAUCUGUUUAUUGUUGAAGUUACCGUAUACUUAAGCAACAAUAUUAAAAACACUCCUCAACGUAUUUCGACAUAGAACGUAUUCAUCACAUCCAAGAAUUUUAACUGACUUGACUAGAUCUAGAGAAAGAGAUACAUCAAAAUGACAAACAAAAAUGGUAGCGUUGUGCCAGUCGCACAAGAAUUAGAGACAUUUUUACCCAUUGACAGUGUAAAUGGUGUGACAAAGUAUAAAAUUCAGCCCGCCAAAAAGGAUGCGGAGAACGGCGUGAUUGAAUUUGAUCCUUUUCGUGAACGAAAAAAUGAUCAUCCAACAUCUGACAAUGAUACAUUGGCCCAUUUGUUGAAAGCAUCGCUUGGUACUGGGAUCCUAUCCAUGCCAUUUGCAUUCAAAUGCUCGGGAUUGUUGUUUGGAAUUUUUGCAACAAUUGUUACAGCAUUCAUUUGCACACAUUGUAGUUAUAUUCUGGUAAAAUGUGCACACACAUUAUACAAACGAACACGAAGAACUACGAUGAAUUUUGCCGAAGUGGCUGAGGUUGCAUUUGCAAAUGGACCCAAAUGGAGCAGACGAUAUGCCAGAUUCUUCAAAGUAUUGAUAUUACAAUCGUUAUUUUGGACCUAUUUUGGUACAUGUUCCGCUUAUACUGUGAUUAUUGCAAAGAAUUUGCAAGAAGUAGGUGUUUAUCUUGAAUAUGAACUAAAUUUGCGAAUGUACAUUGCACUUUUGUUGCUGCCAUUGAUAUUAUUGUCGUGGAUACCAAAUCUUAAACACCUUGCACCGGUAUCCAUGAUUGCAAACUUUUUUAUGGCGUCCGGGUUGGCUGUUAUAUUUUACUAUUUGGUCAAGGAUUUGAAACCAGUCAACAACGUACCAGCGAUGGGCUCACUAACAACCAUACCACAAUUUAUUAGUAUAACUAUUUUUGCGAUAGAAGCCAUCGGUGUGGUGAUGCCAUUGGAAAACCAUAUGAAAACACCACAGAAUUUCGUCGGAUUUUGCGGUGUUUUGAACAAAGGAAUGUCAGGUGUUACACUUGUCUAUAUUUUGCUCGGUUUCCUUGGAUUUUUAUCUUGCGGUGAAAGGACUGGGGAUAUUAUUACUACAAACUUACCGAAAGAUGAAAUUUUGGCACAAACCGUCAAGAUAUUCAUUGCAUUGGCUGUGUUCUGUACAUUCGGUCUUCAGUUCUUUGUAUGCGUCGAAAUUGCAUGGAAUGCAAUUAAGGACAAUUUCACACAACGGCCACAUCUUGUUAACUAUGUAUUGAGAACUGUGCUUGUUACAUCAGCUGUACUGUUGGCGGUCGCCAUUCCAUCUAUUUCGCCCUUCAUCGGUCUUAUUGGUGCUUUCUGUUUCUCAAUCCUUGGACUUUUGAUUCCGGUGGCCAUUGAAUUUGUAACCUAUUAUGAAAGUGGUUUCGGCCCAUACAACUAUAUCAUUCUCAAGAACAUUAUCAUUUGCAUAUUUAGUAUGUUUGCGUUAAUAUUCGGUUCAAAAGAUGCCAUUUACGAAAUUAUGAAGUUGUAUGUAACCGACAGUAGUCCUAAUAAUGUCACACAUGCAUAGAUUUGCAUCGCUAACAUUGCUACAAAUGUUACACUUCGUUGGAGAUGAGGAAAAAAAAAACAUCAAAACUACAUAAAAAUUGUAAAAUUAUUCAUCAAACCACAUAGACCGAUUGAUUCCAAUUUGGCUCGAAUUUGGAUUGCCUAUUGUUAGCAGCCGGAUCUCAACUCCAAUUCAAAACAAAAUGUGGAUUUAGAUGAAGAGUAUAAAUAUAAAAAAAUUAUUGAAAGAAACGAGAUGAUAGUUUAGAUAUUUGAUUUUGACAUUUUACACCACAUUGUUUUCGGCUCUGUGUCGAGGAACACGGUAUCUCAAUACACACAUUAUUUAUAUAGAAAUAUGUAAUUAUGUAUUUUGUGCCUGGUGCCUAAAAUUCAAUGAAUUUUUUAUAUAAAAAUUAAAUUAUAGUAUGAAGAAAAAAAUGUAUACAUAUUUCAACUUUUUUACGUCUAAAUUGCUUACUCAUAUUUGUUUUGUUAACACGUACAUGCGUGUAAAUAAUACGAGAAAAAAAAUAGUGAAAUAUUAGAACUUUGUGAAUUGAUUUGUUUAGUGUUUGCCUGAGAAAACAAAAGAAUGUGUUUAAAUGAUGAAAAAAUACACGAGCCUGAUGGUAUUAAAAUUUAGACGUUAAGAAUUUUUCUUGCACUUUUGUACAAUUUCCUUUUUUUAUAAAGAUUUCUAUUUUGUACAUUUUUUCAAAACGUUAACCGCAAUCAAAACAAAUAGAAUCGAUUUUUAUUUUUUUUUAAACCAGCAAAGUACAUAGUGUCUAAAAUUUUCUUUGCCCCUAUUAAUAUCUAUUUGUACUCGUUUUCUACAAGCAAAUUAAAGAAGAAGAAAAUUAAACGUUCAAAUUAUAUACAUAGUGGUUAAUCAAAUUUAGUUUAUUUAUCAAGAGAAAUAAUAUUUUUCCUUUUCAAAUUCAGAUGUUAUUUAAUCGAUUUUCCAAUGUUCAUUUGAAAUUGUCUUUAAAUAAACAAUGGACAGUCCAUUGGACACAAUGCGUUCGAAAUAUUCUUGUCAUAUUUUGUUGUAACCGUUGUCUUUGUUAUUUUGCUGUUAACAAUAAAGGAGAAAGAAAACAAA